UUCUAGGAGAGCGGAAGACAAGACAGGAUUAAGACUUAAGAAAAUUAAACACUUUUCCCCAUAAUGGAAAUCCCUGAUAUGGCUUCGCUGAAACUGCAGAGUCGUCCAGAGAUGUUUGAUUUUGAGGGUAUUUCUAUGACACACUUUUUCACUGACAACUGGGAAAAGUUGAAAAACUUUCAAGCAAGACCUGAUGACAUUCUUAUCGCCACUUAUCCCAAAGCAGGUACCACAUGGGUUUCUUAUAUACUGGACCUUCUGUAUUUUGGUAAUGAUGAUCUAGAGCGUCAGACUUCCCAGCCCAUCUAUAUGAGAAUCCCAUUCCUGGAGUCAUGCUUUCAAGAGUUCUCAACAGUUACAGGGACAGAAAUGGCUGAUAAUCUUCCCACCUCUCCUCGUCUCAUCAAAACUCACUUACCUGUUCAGUUUGUACCCAAGUCCUUCUGGGAGCAGAACUCAAGGAUUGUGUAUGUAGCACGUAAUGCAAAAGACAAUGCCGUUUCCUAUUUUCAUUUUGAUCGAAUGAACAGGGUACAGCCUGACCCGGGAGAUUGGAACAGCUUUAUAGAGAAAUUCAUGAAAGGGAAAAAUGUGUUUGGGCCUUGGUAUGAUCAUGUCAGCGGAUGGUGGGAGAAAAAACAGACAUAUUCAAAACUACUGUACUUGUUCUAUGAAGAUUUGGUUGAAGACACUGGACGUGAGGUGGAACGUUUGAGCUCCUUCUUGGGUUUGUCCACCUCAGUCGAAGAAAGGGAGAAAAUAACAAAAGGGGUUCAGUUUGAUGCCAUGAAACAGAACAACAUGACCAACCAUGUCAACCUCCCUUUCAUGGACUUCAAGAUCUCACCCUUCAUGAGGAAAGGUAAAGUCGGAGACUGGAAAUGUCACUUCACAGUGGCACAAAAUGAACAGUUUGACGAGGUCUACAAACAGAAGAUGAAGAAAACCACUGUCAGAUUCCGCACCGAGAUUUAAUAUUUCAGUUCUAGAUCUUGCACCAGAAUCAGGUUAAUCUCUGCUCUUCUGUUUUAACUUAGAGCAGUGGUUCUCAACCUUUUUUGGUAUGUAGUUUAAUUGUAGUUUAAAUGUAGUUUAAUUGUCUUCCCUGAAUUUUAAUGUUGAUUUAUUAUUCUGUGUUUAUUAUAAUUAAGCCUAUUAUUAUAUUUACACUAUCAUUCAAAUAUUUAGGGUCAGUACAAUUCUUUUUAUUUUCAUAUUAAACUGAUACUGAUACUCAUUC